AUGGAAACCAAAUUUAGAAGAGUUCCAUAUUUGACAUCACCAGUGAAAAAAGAGUUCCAGCCUUUUUAUAUACCCAACUCAAAUGAUAGUGCGUUCAUAAAACAAAGUCGUUCAGCAGCUCACAGAAAUAGCAUGAAGGAUUCUUUAUGUUACAAUUUAAAUAAAGAAAAAGAGAAUCGAGAAAAUUGUCGUCUUGCUAGAUUGCCUUCUCCACCAUGGAAGUCCAAAAUACCAAUCGAAACGCAUACCAUGUCGGACAAACUUUUUCGUGACAAAAAGAAAAGAACGAGAGCGGCAUUUACUCAUUCUCAAAUAAGGGAGUUGGAAAAUAGAUUUGCUGUUCAAAAAUACUUGUCAGGACCUGAAAGAUCAGAAUUUGCCAAUGCGUUAGAUCUCACAGAAACGCAGAUAAAAAUAUGGUUUCAAAACAGAAGGUACAAAACAAAGCGACGUUUGCGACUAGCCGCUGAAAUGAUGUUUGUCGCAACACGACAUCGUCUCCAUGCUUCUGUGGCAUCAAUGGUACAAUCUCCAAUCCAACGACUUAUGUCGUUUCACCAACACAGAUUCCCAAUUCAUGAAUCACCAUUAUUUCAGCCCGUUUUUGGACAGAUGCACACAAAUUCUUUAUUUGGAAUGCCAGGGUUACCACAGGUUCAAGGCACAUUCAGCAAUAGAGUUUUUAUAUCCCCGGCAAAAAGGAACAACAUUCAACUACAAACUGAUUUAUUAUCAAGCUUAAAAUUUACGCCAAUUGAUGAUACCAACUCACGCCCUCCCUUUCCAAGCGCAGCAACCACCAUCCCUGGUAGCAUUUCAGACCAGAGAAGAUUUGAAAAUAUACAAGACAUUUGUUCCUUUCGUGGUACGGACUUGCACGACGACUUUGACAAGACCAAGAUACGUCCUUUUGAUAUUAGAGAACUUCUUAAGCCAGCAAAUUCUGACUUGGUAAAUUCACAAAAUAGUCGUACUCGUGAAUACAAAUGCAACUCAUACCCACAUCAAUUUCUCCUUUAUCCAAAAUAUGGUGAAAUAUAG